AUGGCCCUUGGCGUCCCGUUGGCGAGCUCGCCGUCGAGCGGCCGCUCCGGCACAUGGAGCCCCGCGGCGCUCGGCCUCACGAACGGUGCCGUAAACGGCGUCUCCACCGGCGUGGCUUCCAGCCACGACCUCAUUGGUGGUUGCACUCCUGAGGAAGACGAUGGAGCACUUGCUGAUAUCUUAAUAUUUCUCCAGUACAACAAGAUGGUAAAUGGUGUGACACCUCUUAUGGCUGCUAGAGAUGCUAACUCAACAGAAUGUAUCAAGCUCCUAGUUAAGGUUCAGGAGGAGCCCAUGCUUAAACGGGAAAUCGUGGCAUCAGAGCUUAUAUCACUAGGGAAUAUCUCUUUAAAGAAAAAAGAUUAUGCUAUCGCAGCAAAAUUGUACAGUCGGGCAAUGCAGCUUGAUCCUGAUGACGCAGUCUUGUUCUCAGACAGGAGCCUUUGUUGGCUUCACAUGGGCGACGGAAGAAAGGCUUUGCUAGAUGCUAAUAAAUGCAGAAAAAUGCGGCCUCACUGGCCAAAAGCUUGUCGCCAGCAGGGACUACGAGGGUGCAAGUGAACGGUUCUUGGAUGGACUCAAAUUGGACCCAGUGGACACUGACAUCGAGGAUGCAUUACGGGAAGCUAUGAAGUCCUUGAAGACGUCUCAGAGCACGAAAGCCAGGUGACUAUUUGGGUGUUGCAGGGGAGUCAGUUGAAGACUUGGAACGGCUCAGGAGUUUCUUCAUUUGCGCAAAGACUGGUUUCCUUUGUUAGAAAGUACAGCGGAGUGUCCGAUGGGAGUAUUACCAUUGCAUGUUUCCCUAAUAUCAGAUACUACAGCACAGUAGUACUGUAUCUGACAAUUUCUCUAUAUAGAACUGCAGUAUAUAUUUUUUU